AUGACUGAGAACAGACACAUUCUUGAUCACCUGAUCAUCAUCAUUUAUUCUUUGCUUGUGUUCUUUAUGAUGGAUGUUCAGCCGGGAUACAUUUAUUAGAAAAUGAAGAUUUCACUGAGGCUCAUGGUAAAUUUUUUAGAGAUAUGCAUUGUCUCAUUGCAAUGGACAUUGACCCAUCAACUUGAAAAUGUGGCUUUAAAAGGAAUAGCAACACAAUCUUCUUUAUUCCAGAAUUACUAUGCUUACCUUGCUAUUGAUGGUAACAGAGCAUCAAGCCUGUAUUCCUACUCAUGUACACACACAGAUGGUCAGAUAAACUCAUGGUGGAGGGUGGAUUUGUUGGCAAAGUAUGAUAUCAGCAAUGUUAUCAUCACUAACAGAGGUGAUGCUGUUACAACUCGGAUAAAUGGUGCUGAGAUUCACAUUGGCAGCUCCUUAGUUAACAACGGCAAUGAUAACCCCAGAUGUGUUGUUAUCUCUACCAUCCCUGCUGGUGCCUCUGUAAACUACACUUGCAAUAUGAGGGGGCAUUACGUGAACAUCAUCGUUCCAAAUAUUUUCCAGUACCUCACUCUCUGUGAAGUAGAAGUCUAUGGAACUCCAGUGCCUGUUUUUAGGAGAGCAUUUGUGAGAUUAAAGUUUAAAAGCAGUGAGGAUCUCAAUAAUCCUUCCAUGAGGGACAAAGUUCUUCAAAAGAUGAAAUUGGUCACUGUCCAUUCACCAGUACUUCAGGUCUGCUGGACAAAGGAACCAGAACUGGAAAUUAAAACUUUCAAUGUGGCCUUAGGGGGAAUAGCAGCACAAUCUUCAACACUUCUUAACUUUUAUAAUCCUCACAUGGCUAACGAUGGCAACAGACAAUCUAAUUUUUAUCAGAGAUCAUGUAGUACUACAAAUGAAGAAAAUAACCCAUGGUGGAGGGUGGAUUUGUUGGCAGUGUAUGACAUUAGCAAUGUACUCAUCACUAACAGAGGCGACUGCUGUCCAGAACGAUUAAAUGCUGGAGAGAUUCGCAUUGGCAGAUCCUUAGUCAACAAUGGCAACAAUAACCCAAGGUGCCUCAUAAUCUCUAGCAUCCCUAUUGGGGGCACUGCAAACUACACUUGCAAUAUGGUGGGCCGUUAUGUAAAUAUCUUCCUUCCCAAUAUUUUCCAGCACCUUACACUCUGUGAAGUGGAAGUCUAUGGGGUUCCAGUGCCUGUUGUUAAAAGAGUGUUUCUGAGGUUAAAAUUUAACAGCCGUGAGGAUCUCAAUAACCCUACCAUGAGGGACAAAGUUCUCCAAAAGCACUCCAAAAGCUUUGAGUAG